ACGCUUGGGCACCCCGGGCCUGGGAGUGUCAGGUUCUGCCUCCCUCCCACGAGAGGAGCAGGGUUUGAACACUUCCCUCCGGAGCUGCAGCCAGGGCCUCCUGCCACCACGGAGCUGCCACUUUGGUGACGUUCCCUGGCUGCGGUGAGAGCCGGUGACAUGGCUGAGCCUGGUCCCUGCAGCCCGGAGCCCAUCGCUGAUCCCAGAGUGCUGAGAUCUCCGAAGCCUGGGACUGCUCUGCUUGCCUUACAGAGGCCUCUGAAGCCCAGAAUCUCUCCAAGGAUGACCAUGGCAUAAAUGUCUCUGCUCCAUCAAUGUGAUGCUGAUCAGAAGACCCCUUUCAUUGAGGUGGGGGCUGGAGCCCCCACCUUUUGCCUCUGUUACCUUAAUGCUGCUUCUCUGCUUCUUGUGGCUGGCGGGGGUUUGCGAGAGUCUCUCCCUGAAACCAGCCCUGCUGCUCCAACACUUCCAAGUGUAUCGCCUGGUGACCUACUGCCUGUGCCACACAGACCCGUCCCUCCUACUCCUCAACCUCCUACUCUUUCCACUGCUGGCCUGGCCUCAGGAGCGGUACCAGGGCACCCUGCGCUACCUCCAUGCUGCCCUGCUCAGUGCCUUCGCCUCUGCCCUGGUCUACCUCAUCCUGGUGGGACUCUGGGCAGCUCACCCAGGCCCUGCCUGCAGUUACACUCCAGUCCACCUGGCCAUGCUGGGGCGACACCAGGCAUGGAGGACACGAGUGAGGGGCUGGGGACAGGUGGCUAUGGCGGCACUGCCUUUGCUGCUUCUGGUGGUAAGCCAGCUUCUUCUCCCUGGAUCACCAUGGCUUCUGCACCUGAGUGGUGCUGUGGUGGGGCUGGCCUAUUGGUCUGGAGCCUUCUCACGCCUGGAGCUGUCAGAGAGGCACCUGGAAGCACUGCAGGAUGCUGUGGUUUGCCGGGUUCUGGCACGAAGGGGCUUCAUCCGCUUCAUCCUGUCCCCAGGUCAGGGGAUCCUUCCCAUGAGCAACUUGGGCAGCAGCAGAGACAGCUCUCCAGGACCCUCUGUCUCCCCAGCCUGGCAGCUUUACCCAGGGAGCCCUUUGGAUCAGUCAACUGCAGCCCCUGGUCCUCCUCGGGCUACUGAAUGGCCCAGGGUCUGGCAGGACUCCAGGCUGCUGCAUACCUCUGUCCCCUUGUCUCACUUCCUAGACCUCUACAGGUUGCCUCCCCCAUGGGUUGUCCCCAUCCAGCAUCCCCAGGCAUCAGUGGGAGAGGCUCUGCUGGAUGAACAGAUGCUGCAGGCCGGGAUCCAGGCCUCCCUGCAAGACACCGGCCUCGAGGCUGCCAUGGGUGAAGUGAAGCUUUCCAAAUCCUCCGUCUCCUCCCUCCGGCUGCAGCAGCUGGAGAGAAUGGGCUUCCAGACGGAGGAGGCAGUGGUGGCACUGGCAGCCACGGGCCGCGUGGAAGGGGCUGUCUCACUACUUGUUGGAGGCCAAGUUGGGGAUGAGGCCACGGUGAUGUCAGAGAACAGGCUGGCUCACCAUGAGCCUCUGCAACCCACAGCUCACCAUCACACCAUGGAAUAAGGGUCACAAGUGACAGAAUGAAAUGUUACCAAUGAGAGGCAAUGGGGUUACAGAUCACUGAGAAUGGGGGGAAGGAGGGAGGCAGAGCCCAUGAGUGGAAGCACUGACCCCUUUGCUAUAAGGACCCCUCCACUCCAAACCAUGGACCUCUGGAAGGGUCAUUUGCAGACCUCAGUGGGGCAUAGCUCAGUGAGAGGAUGGGAAGCAUGAGCUUGCAUGGUGGGGAGGGAUGUGGCAGGGCGUCAGUGUCAGGGCACUGAGUGGCAGAUCGAUUGCAAGGCUGAGACACUACUCAGAUUGUGUCAGGGUGUCACCAUACGGUGGGGUCUUUCAGCAGCCCCUUGCCUCCUCUCCCCACUGUCCCUCCAUGCUCCAUCCUCUUGUUUUCUGUCAUACACCUUCCUCACUGGGCCUUGUUAAGUGAUGCUAGAAUUUGAUUGCCCAUUGACCCAAGUGAGCACAUGCUGGCUGAGGCAUGUUUGGAUGUUCCUGUAACUUGUUCCAAGCCAGAUCCAGGGCUCAGCUCCUGGAGCAAGUGUUCAAGAAAGGCCAUGUGAGCAGGGAAAAUGUAUUUGCUAACCAGUGAUUCACUAGAGUGAAAUGUAGAUGCAUUUUGAGGCAAGAGGGUGAAGGGCAGAGCUGAACACCAGAGUUGUGAGACCACAUAGAUAUUGCUUUCAUCCUGGUGCCAUUUGUAAGGGAGGCUGGAACACAGGUGAGAUCUAUGCAUGGGUUCUCCAAAGUCUCACCUACCGUGCGUGAUCAUGUGUGGUUUAAAUUGCCAUGUGUGGCCCCACAGCUGCUGUCUUAUUGUUCCUGGAAGUCCCACAGUGAAAUAUAACCCAAAGUUCUGAGAAUCCAAAACCUCUGUAACCGCAGCUGCCACAAGCUGGCACCAUGCCUAGGCAACAUGUGGGGAGGGCGAGCUGAGGGAAAGCAUCCCCCUGGUUCCAUGGUCCAGGGUGCCUUUACUCUGUGGAGUCUUCAAGCCACCCCCAUCUGGAGUGACAUUCCUGGGUCUGAGUCAGCAAACCCUGUCUCAGGGCACUUACUUGGAUGUGAUGGGAACUCCACCCAUGUCAAGCCAAUCUGUGGAGCCAUCCAGCUAAACCUCACUGCUAUUUCUAGGAGCAAUAAAGUUUCCACAAGCUCCAAAGA